UGUGUGUUGACGUCAGCGGAAGUGGGUGGGACUUGCGCCAGGUUUUCAUUAAUGCGGAAGUGGGAUUCGCUGCAAGUUGAACACAUUAACACAUAAAUAUCUAUCAGUCAUCAGAGUUAUCAUCACAGAGGAUCCGUCACCUCUCAGGAUGAGUGAGGGUGAUCUUAUGAACCCUGCUGCUGUGUGUUCACCUGUGGAGGAUUUACAGGGUGACGCCCGCUGGAUGACACAGCACGAGCGUUUUGUACAGGAGUGUAAGGACGCUGAGCCUGAAGUGUUAUUUCUUGGAGACUCAAUGAUUCAACUAAUGCAACAACAUGAGGUCUGGAAGGAUUUGUUCUCUCCUCUACAUGCACUGAACUUUGGCCUGGCUGGAGAUACCACCUGUAACGUCCUCUGGAGGAUAAAGAACGGAGAAUUGAAGAACAUUCAGCCGAAGGUGGUGGUUCUUUGGGUCGGCACAAAUAAUCAUCAGCACACAGCCGAGCAGGUGUCUGGAGGUGUAAAGGCCAUCACACAGUUUCUCAUCGCACAACUCCCUCAUGCCAAAAUCAUCAUCUUGGGUCUUCUGCCUCGCGGGGAACGUCCAAAUCCUUUACGUGAGAAGAACGCCACCGUGAAUGAGUUACUGCGCUCGUGGGUACCUCAGCUCGGUUCAUCAGUUCACUUUCUGGACCUCAGCACAGAGUUCGUUCACUCGGACGGAACCAUCUCGAAAAGAGACAUGUUUGACUUCCUGCAUCUGACUGCUGCUGGAUAUCAAACUCUCAGCAAACCUCUUUAUGAUCUACUACUGCAGAUACUGGACGAAACUACAGCAGAAACACUCACAUAGAUCCUGCAAAACUUUUUAUAUUUACAUCAAAAAACUAAAUAUUGUCUUGGUGUUGAACUUGCUGUCAAUGUAACAUAUUGUGACAUAAGAUUUUUAUUACAACAAACAAAAUAAUACUGACAUGACUCUACCUAAAUGUUGUAAAUGGAAAUAUUUUUCACCGUUGGUGCUCUGCCAUUAAAUCUUCAUAAAUUCAGUCAAUAAAUGAUCAAGGCCUUGA